AUGCUAUUGCAGCGUCUAGUCUGCCUAAGCCAAAGAAGACGAAGCACGGGCAGACUAGCAGUCCUUUCCUUAAAUAUCAUGUAAAAAGUUGGCUAUUGUGACAGAUAGUUUGACGAAAGAUCAGGCCACCCAGUAACAUUUACGUUAUGCCCCACCUUUCCUUCAAAUUUGAUAACUGAACAAUUUAACGCUAGCUUACUCAAAGCUGCAAUUACUAAACAGCGUUUUCAACAUGGCGGGUAGCUAACUAGCUAUUAUUGAGAAUCUUUGGUUACAAGCUCUCAUUGACCACCGUCGGUCGGUGGCUGAAGAAACAGCAGGAUUGCAACAAACCAUCGAGGACAAGAAGAUGAACCUCCACAACCAGAACCCUAACGCCGUCCACAGACAAAAUUGCAACUAGCGAACAACUUUAUUGACAUUUUGGCUAGCUAGCUAGUCAGCUAACGUUAGCUACCUAGCUAGUGCGGUCAGAGCCCGGUCUCCAGUCCGUCCCCGGCGACCAUGACUCCUCAGCAGCAGGUUGUUCACCGCGAGCACCACCCCACCAUAAUCACACAGAAAGUGCAGUUAACUGUCAAACUGUUUAUGCUGGAAAAUGCCCGGAAUACACUUGAAAAAGAACUUCUCAAUCUCAUCAACACGGCCUACAAAGAAGUUCAAGAAUUCUUGAAUUCAUCUUUUCCCACUAGUGACUUCCGUGAUCUCACAAAAGCUUUGGAUACAAAAUGCCAAGUCAUUGACAAGCUUUCAGCUUUAUUAAAAGACCUCACAGUUGAGGCAAAGGUUUUUGUCCAGCCUACUGACAAAAAUGGAGUGAGAAAAAAUCAACUUGUGCCAGUCGGAGACAAAUGGAUCCUAACAAAAGAAGUUCUCAAGUUUGGGCCAAUGUUGCAGAACUCGCUCAUGGCAGGCUCUAUAGCCAAAGCUGUCCAGGUGCUUGGAGCCACGCUGUCCCUCCAGCAGUCUAAACAUUUCCCCAUCUCCCAGCCUAAAGCGGUCCAGCAGGAUGACAUGAUAUGCAGCAUCACGUCCAGCUACAACAGCGCCGUUUCGACUUCGAGCUCAUCCUCUCACUUAAAGGCUAAAGACAAAGAACAUGCUGUUGUUUUUGCGGAGGCAGGCCCAUCAGACGCUGUGUUUCUUUCACCUGCGACCAUUGAGAGGCCCAAGAUUAACCCAGAGAGGCCACCAAUACUAAUACCUCCCAUACAAGCUAUACUCCCAGAGAUCAGUAACCCUAAACCAAGGAAAAUAACAUCACUAAUAGGCUGGGGAUGUGUGGAUGAUGUCCAGGUGCAACACCAAAAACAAACAUCCUCUCAGCUGCUUCACUUCCUCAGAACAAAAGCUAAAAACAUGGGUGCACUAGAGGUCACUGUCAUGGACUGGAAUGAGAGAAUGUGCCCUUCAAGCUUGCCACAGGUGCCUACAAUCCAAACACAAAGCUACCAAUUCAGACAUGUUGUGACGGAUGAUCCGAUCAAUGCACCAGCUCCGAAAAUGUUGUGUGCAGACAUCGAAAACCAAGCCCCUGUCUUCAGGGUAAAAAGAGUGGAAUCAAGUGGCUCUCUGACCUACACUUGUGUGAUUUCAACAAAGACUGAACUGUGGGAUAUUGGAGACAUCUUCACAGAGGUGGGACACGGAGACUCCGAAGCGAGCCCCUUGGGGAAAAAAGACUGCCCAAAUACAACAGCUCAGGUGGAGAACUCCAGUCUAAACACCCAGUGGAAAACCCAAACUCUCCAGUGCACAGAACCUGAACAUGUUAGCCAAUCUUCUGGUGCAAAAACACCAGCGGUCAACGCCAGUACCAUUCCUGAGUUCCAGAUCCGGAGGUUUGAAGAGACUGAAGUUGUGGUGUCUCAUAUUGUCAGCCCAGGCAACUUCUACGUCCAACACGCAGACUCCAUCAUUAAGCUGCAGGCCCUCACAGACAGCUGGAAAGCCAGUAAUUCAUAUGCCGAGCAGAACUGCAUUCCAGACAUUGGAACCCAAGUAAUGGGUUGGUUCCCUAAGCAAAAACAAUGGUGCAGGGCUCAGGUGACAAAGAUAUGUGGAGUAAGUGAAGAUAAUAAUGCCACUGAUGGCCCUGGGAGUCAGACCUCCAUCAAGGUGGAGGUGAAGAGGCUGGACUACGGUGACACAGCCUGCCUGCCGCUGUUGAACACCAAGGAGAUGACCCCAGAAAUGGCUGUCCUACCACUUCAGGCUGUACAGGUCUCACUGACAAAUGUGACGCCUGUGAAUGGGAGCGAUUGGUCUGAGGAGGCAGUGGGCUGGUUCAAAACAAUGGUGCACAACAGAACACUCUAUGCCAGACUUUACCCGCAGGGGCCCAAGGUUACAGUCGAGCUGUUUUUGGAAAAGGGAAAGCUCGGAGCUAUGAGGAGGGGUGCACCAUUGUCUUUGAGACUGGCCCAGAACGGACAUGCAAAACACAGCAAACUCAAGAAUGUCAGCCUCGUGAAAAUAAACACUGUUCAACUUAAGAAGAAGAAGCAGGACUCGGCGUGGGAGAAAUACCUCAUCUCGUGCUAUACUCAAAAGUAACAAGUAAUUCAGAAAGCACCGAAUGUGGGUGGUUGUGUUGGUGUUAAUGUGUCUGUCUCAUCUGACAGCACACCAAUGUAAAAAAAAACAUAAAAAGAAACAAACCCAGACAUUGAUUCUGAAAUGAGAGAUAGAGCAUCCAGGUUCUGGAUAUGUACAAGCAUACAGUGGACUUUCAGCUUACACAUGGACAAACUGCUGUGAUUGGCACGUUGCAGUACAU